GAAAUCCUAUCCAAGUGUUUGUUUGCCACCGCGCGACAUCAUCCACUGGAAGCAACAUGAGCGUAAAGACACAGACAGAAGUUCGGGACAUCACACGCAUCGAGCGGAUCGGGGCGCACUCCCACAUCCGUGGCCUGGGGCUCGACGACGCGUUGGAACCGCGCAAUGUAAGCCAAGGGAUGGUUGGUCAAACCGAUGCGCGCAAAGCCGCGGGUAUCGUCUUGCGCAUGAUUGAAGAAGGCAAAAUUGCCGGUCGCGCGAUCUUGUUGGCAGGCAAACCGGGCACGGGGAAGACGGCGAUUGCGAUGGGGAUUGCGCAGGCGCUGGGAGAAGACACACCGUUCACGACGAUUGCUGGGAGCGAGGUGUUUUCACUGGAAAUGAGCAAGACGGAGGCUCUCACGCAGGCGUUUCGUCGAUCCAUCGGUGUGCGCAUCAUGGAAGAAACCGAGAUCAUCGAGGGCGAGGUCGUCGAGAUCCAAGUAGACACCCCCACCGGCGGCGCUGGCGACAAGAUUGGACGUCUGACGUUGCGCACGACGGAGAUGGAGACUGUGUACGACUUGGGCGCGAAAAUGAUCGACCAGCUGACGAAGGAGAAGAUUGAAGCGGGUGACGUGAUCACGAUCAACAAGGAAAGCGGGAAGAUCUCCAAGCUCGGCCGGUCCUUCACUCGAUCCAAGGACUACGACGCCAUGGGGCCGCAGACGCGCUUCGUGCAGUGUCCGGAAGGGGAGCUGCAAAAGCGCAAGGAAGUGGUGCACGUCGUGAGCUUGCAUGAGAUCGACGUGAUCAACUCGCGGUCGCAGGGGUUCCUGGCGCUGUUUGCCGGGGACACGGGCGAAAUCAAGGACGAAGUCCGCGAACAGAUCGACACCAAAGUCAGCGAAUGGCGCGAGGAAGGCAAGGCGACGAUCGUGCCCGGCGUGCUCUUUAUCGACGAAGUGCACAUGCUUGACAUCGAGUGCUUCUCGUGGCUCAACCGCGCGCUUGAAAGCGACUUGGCGCCUGUCUUGAUCAUCGCCACGAACCGAGGCAUCACGCGCAUCCGCGGCACAAACUACAAGAGUCCGCAUGGGAUUCCCAUCGACUUGUUGGAUCGAUUGAUGAUCAUCUCCACGAAACCAUACACCGAGUCGGACGUGCGCAAGAUCCUCAACAUCCGAUGCGAAGAAGAGGAUGUGGAAAUGUCGGACGACGCCAAGGACCUGCUCACGCGCAUCGCGAUGGAAACGUCGUUGCGGUAUGCCAUCCACGUCAUCAUGACGGCGUCGCUCGUGUGCACCAAGCGAAAGGGCACCGAGGUCGAAGUGGUCGACAUCAAGAAAGUGUACUCGCUCUUUGUCGACGUCAAGCGCUCCACGCAGUUCUUGAUGGAGUACCAGCACGAGUUUAUGUUCAACGAAAUCGAAGACGACGACGAAGAUGACGAGAUGGCGUAGAUGGACCGAGAGGACACGCGGGAAACCUGUUGAAGAAUAAUAAACCAUUGUAAACGCCACGGGAUGACCACCUAUACUAGCG